GGCCCAACAAGGAAAAGCCCUCUUUUUACUCCUCCCCAAGGCCUUGAAAGAUCCAAAGACUUGACAGGACAAAAAAAAAAGUGUUUGCCUUCCGGCGUAACAACUCAGGGAUCCAUGGAACGCCCACUUAGGAUGCUUAGGAAAUCUCUCUAUAUAAGCAGAUGCAAUGCGAUCGUUCCCAUUUUGUUCUUAGAAAGCACUUUUGUCUCCACUUCCCUUCUCUCGACACCUUCAUGCAACGAUAACAACAAUCCUAAACACCAUGGUGUCCCUGUCCUAUGCCUUCUUCUACCCAACAAGGUGUUCCUCCACAAGAGAGGAUGACCCUAAAAACCAUAAUCCAAACAAAGGCUCCAUCAAAAUAAACGGCAGGUCCACUGCCAUGUCAGCCAACAUCGCCUGCCCAGCCUUCCCCUCUGUGACCAAGAACAUCCCUAGAGAUAAGAAUCGGCAAAAUAUACCCACAGAGAAGCAGACACUGGAUCCUUUCAGACAGGGUCUCAUCAUCGAUGGCGGCGUCAGGUACAGGCAGACCCUGGUCAUCCGAUCAUAUGAGGUUGGCCCUGAUAAGACCGCCACGUUGGAGACCAUACUCAAUCUUCUUCAGGAAACUGCUUUGAAUCAUGUAUGGAUGUCGGGUCUACUUGGUGAUGGAUUUGGAGCCACCCAUGGUAUGAUUAGAAACAAUCUCAUAUGGGUUGUCACAAGGAUGCAUGUCCAAGUUGAUGAGUAUCCCAUCUGGGGGGAGGUGCUGGAGAUCGAUACAUGGGUUGGGGGAUCAGGAAAGAAUGGAAUGCGACGAGAUUGGCUAAUUCAGAAUCCCCAAACAGGACAAGUAUUUGCUCGAGCAACAAGCACUUGGGUAAUGAUGAACCAGGAGACAAGGCGCCUUUCUAAGAUGCCUGAAGAGGUGAGAGAUGAGAUCUCACCAUGGUUUAUUGAAAGACGUGCUAUUGAAGAGGAAGUUCCAGAAAAGAUCAUCAAGCUAGAUGAUACUGCAAAGUACGUUGACUCCAACUUGAAGCCGAAGAGGAGCGAUUUGGACAUGAACCACCAUGUCAACAAUGUUAAGUAUGUAAGAUGGAUGCUUGAGACUAUUCCUGAUGUGUUCUUGGAGAAUCACAAACUGUCAAGUAUCAUACUAGAAUAUAGAAGGGAAUGUGGUAGUUCUGACAUAGUACAAUCGAUUUGCGAACCUGAUGAAGAUUCAAUUCCAGAGGAUGAUAAUGUCAAUAUAUUGAGGGGGUUCUCAUUGGCAUCUGAGAUUCUUGAUGGUCGCGGAUUAUCUGGCACCUUUGACAAAUGGCCAACAAGAUAUACACAUCUCCUCCAAAUCAAAGGGGAGCAGAAAAAUGAAGAGAUUGUCAGGGGCAGGACCACAUGGAGGAAAAAGUUAUCAAAUACUUCAACUUAAGCUUAGUUGUGCAUUUCUGUAUCAUACAUAAAAAGUCAUGAUUCUUGAUGUUCGGUAACUUCAUACCAUUAUUUAAUGGCACAAGAUCUCAUUUGAUGUGAUCCUGAAGAAGUUUGUGAAGC